GCGUCACAGCAGGGCGUCUCCGUGCCCUCCAGUUAUAGUAACGGGCCGUUGGAUCAUAACAGAUCGGACGCUAGUUGUAUGCCCACUCGUUGACCUAAACUACUGCAUGCUUUAAAAAUAGACCGAGGGGAGAUUUAAAAAACAUUCGUUUUUUUAAGAGCUUCACUAGUAUUUGCCUCAGAACAUGGAGCUGGAUCGGCGGCUCUUGUUGGCUCACUGCACAGCCCACACCCUGUUGGUGGUGGCGGGGCUCCUGGUGGUCGUCCCCCUGGCUCUCAACGGCUCUGCGUUUAAAGGGCGUUGUGCUCUUUUCUCUACGGGAUACUGGAUGACUGAGAACCGCAGUGAGCUGACGGGACAGUCUGGGGACGUUUCUCAUCUGGUGGUGCAGCAGUGGGGCCCGCCGGCCGCCUGCCAGUUCGCUACGUUUGUGGGGAUCUUCACGGUGUUGUACGGCGCCGCGCAGGGCUGGAGGUGCCUCUUCUAUCUCCAUGGACGGCAUGACGACACGCUGAUGUCCUCAUUCCUGACCGUGCUGCUCAGCCUGUGUGUUCUGUUCCUCUCCGGGGGGGCCAGCUUCACGCUGUCUCUGGGGCUGGCCUCCUGGUGCGACACGGUCACGGACGGCAACGCGCGGCCAUUCAGCUGUGCCCAGUCCCAGUCCAUCCCCCUCUACCUGGAUGUGGACACCUCCUCCUUCUACACAGACCUCACGCUGGCGCAGGCCUCCCUAUGGUUUGUGACGGCCCUGUGGCUGGCCCAGUCCGUCCUGUCCUUCCUGCGGCUCUACCACUCCCACAGCCAGCACAUCAGCGGGCCCUGUCUGCCCCGCGAGAAGGAGCUGCUGCUGGCCCGCUCCCCCUCGGAGGGCUGCCCCACGCCUCCACACCUGUCCUCCACCAUCUUUGUCUGACCGCAACCAAAAUUAUACGUUUACCGCGCUAGAAAUGUUUCGAGGAAUUACUACAAAUUUACGGUCAGCGCUUUUUUUUCUAUGAGUUAGUUUCAUCUCAAUUUUCCCUCAGCUUAAAUCAUUGUCCCAGUGCUGAAAUCGUGUUGCCAAAGAUGAAUUUGCUGACAGCAAACAAUCAUAACCAUUACAAUGAGUGGCAUUGCAUUGGUUAUAAAGAAUGUGUUUGUGUACUAGGAAUAUGUAUUACUGCAUGAGUACUUAAGUAGAAAAGAUAUGUCUAUUUUCUUUAUGGAGGACAUUUUUCAUAACCAUUAGAAACAAACAAUCACAAACGCAGAACACAGCUACCAUGAGAAGAUCUGGCAUGAAGGGAUUAGAAUCGGGAAAGAAAGAAAGGUUGUAUUCCUUGAGCUAAUGAUCGCACAGUGUUUUCCAGGAGCUACAGCUUGCCAUGCGAUUAUAAUUGUACUUUUUAUUUUUUAUUUAUGUGAGUUACGUUCACAUAUCCCGCACUAAGUAUUACCUGUGACCCUGGGCUCGUCUCAAGUCCAAAGAUUCGGUUUGGUUUGCUUUCAGUCUGCCAACCUGCAUGGCUUACAUUAUUCUGAUAGGAUAUUUAUGUGUUUUGGCACUCCCUGAGCGUGUGUCAUUUGGGAGAAUACACUUUUAAUCCUGGAGGUUAUAUUCUGGUGUUGCACUGAAGCUCUUUAAGAGUGAAGCAUGUGGUAGGAUUGGCGUGAGCGAGCCACAAUACUGCGUGAACAUGCUGACUUGAACGUUGCCCAUUGUGUGAUGGCAUUAUUGUGUCGUUAUUCCUCUUGUUCUCUCUCUCGCUCUACUUGUGAAGACUCUGUGUAUGAUGCCGUCUACGUGGAGGCAGCUUCUCAUGGGGCGUAACGUGAAGCGUUUAUCUCUACCUCCGUUGAAAUUGGCCGAGACUUCGUUCUGGUCAGAGCUCGGUUGCAUUUAGCGACAGAGCUAUGAGUGACCAGGUACAGUUUGAAUGGCGGAGAGAGAUUUGUGUGGAGCCCAAAGGGGUGUAGACCAUGUGAGUGGUGGUUUCUAACCCUCACAUGUAGUCUUAGAACCCCUGCAGCUGUAAUGACAUGUCGACGGUGGAAAACAGAAAGUCUGAAGGAAAGAUGGAUGAGACUGAAUUUAUGUAUUUUGGGUAAAAAUACAUAAUACCAUUUCUGGAUUUCGAUACUUUUUUUUUCUAUUUAUCCAAUAAAUACUUGAUUGUUAUGAAUUCAUAA